AUGGUGAAGCAUUUAGCAGAGGAAAUAGUAAUAGAAAUCCUGAGAAAACUUCCAGCUAAAUCCCUAAUACGCUUCACAACAGUCUGCAAAUCAUGGAAUUCAGUCAUCAAAUCCUCCAAUUUCAUCGCCACUCAUCUCCACACCCACCAUUCCCCCCACCAAAUUCUCCUCUUCCCUUCGUCCUACAUAGCCACCGCCAAACCCUACCAUUCUCUGCAUUUCGAUCUCAGUAACCCUAACCAUCCCAUCCAACGCCUCAUCCCACUCCGUUUCCCGUUUGAUUCCGGCGACUGCUUUCGUCUCGUGGGUUCUUGCAACGGCCUUUACUGUCUCUCAAAUACUCGGUAUCCUUUCUUUGUCUGGAACCCUUCCAUUGAUAAGUAUUUUUUCCUUCCGCAGCCGAGUUUGAUUCCCCAGACGAAACUUAGGGUUUAUUUUUUGUUCGGGUUUGGUUUUGACUGUCGAAUGAAUGAUUAUAAGGCUUUAAGGAUGGUUAGUUAUUGUUCUCAGUAUGAUGUGGAGAAAGUUUUUCAUGUCGAGAUUGAGGUUUAUUCGUUUAAUGGUAAUUCUUGGAGGACUAUUUCUCAUUUGGCGUCGGAAAAGUUUAGAGCUAAUGAUCAGAUUGUUGUUUCGGUUUAUGCGAAUGGCGGGCUGCAUUGGAUUGCUCGUGAUCAGCGUAGGAGAACGGCUGUGAUUGUGUUUGAUGUCGGAAAAGAGGUGUUUCGGGAAAUUAUGUUACCCGUUAGUUUGGUGAAUGCUCAUGCUUUGGAAUUGUUUGUUAUGGGGUUUAGGGAAAAAACAAUUGCAGUUGUUUAUAGAGAUCUAUUUUGCCUUUAUGAGUCUCAUAUAUGGGUGAUGAAAGAGUAUGGUGUCGCGGAAUCUUGGGUGAAAGUUAUUACUGUCGGAAAGCCUAGUUUAGGAAUGCCGUUUGUGAAGGGGUUUACGAAUAAUGAGAAAGUUGUGGUGGAAUUUGGUAAACAGAUUGUUUUAGUUGACCUGAAAAGCCAACAGAUUGAAACUCUUGUAGAUGAGAACACGGUUGAAUUUUCUUCUGUUGAUGCCAUAGUGGAGAGCUUAGUUUUGCUUGACGAAUAAAUAAUGCGAGGCAGUUAACUGAUAAAGAGGGUGCUAGUAAUUCAAUUUAUGCUCAUAGAAAAUCCUGUUAUAUUUUGAUGUAUA